GAAAGUUUCCGACAGAAAAACAGUGAAAUUUUCAGCCAAAUGACGACUAUUGGUCACAAGUAAAGUGUACUGUUCCGAGUAAAGACAGUUCUGCUCCAGGGGAGCAAGUAAGGAUUGUGGCUUGAGCGAGAAGAACCAUCUUAUUCUGGUUUCCAUAAAUCAGAAUCCAAAGUUCAAGUUCAAAACAGUGUCGUUCGCUGGAAACCAAAAUCACCUUUGAGGCCAAUUAAAAAGGAUUCAGUACAACACAGUAGCCGCUUCGAGAAAAGUGUAGACACAGCCGUAAAAUCGAUUAAGCAAACCGUGUUUUUGAAAGUGGGCAUUUGGUGAACAGAGUUGAGCGCUUAUUGGAAUUCAGUAAAGUAGCAUUUCGGUGCUAUCUAAAGGUGUACUUAGCAAAGUGUUGUGUGUGCGCGGAUUCUAACCCGGGAUUCCAUUGAUUCCACUGAAUUCGUUUGAUUUGGGCCUCGAUUUCCUUGUUCGUCUCAAUUAUUGGAAUUUCGUCAAUUUAUCCUGAACGGUUUCGCUUGAGCGUCAGCUUGUAUAUAGUGCAAUGCCAUGUCAAUGGUUUUCCCUUUUGGGAUUGAUUCUAUCUUGUGGAGCGGCAAUAUCAUCUUCCUCGUCGUCCGGUGAUGUGUUCACAAGUUCUUUUCUAGUUCGAUUCCAACGGAGUGUUGAGAACAAUUUCGCCCAUGAAGUUGCCAGAAGAUAUGGCUUCGACAAUCUGGGACCAUUACCUGGAAGCAGUUUUAAGGAGUAUCAUUUCAAACAUCGAUCGUUGCCCCAUGCCCGGACACGAAGGAGUAUAUCGCAUACGAGGGUCCUGAAACGUCACCCACUGAUACAUACAGCGAUACAGCAGCCAGGAUUCAUCCGUGUGAAACGGGGAUUGCGGCCUGCCAUACCUUCCAUUCAUGGGCUUCCCUAUUCCUCUACGAAUGGUGUGCAAGGCACAAGUGGAGCGGAACCCACGGACCCAUAUUUUCCUCUGCAAUGGUACUUGAAAAAUACGGGGCAAAAUGGUGGUAAAAUGCGACUGGAUUUGAAUGUCCAGGCCGCAUGGGAUCAAGGAAUCACAGGGAAAAAUGUGACGACAGCAAUUAUGGAUGACGGGGUGGAUUACAUGCAUCCAGAUUUAAAAUAUAAUUACAAUGCCGAAGCUAGCUACGAUUUCAGCAGUAAUGACCCUUAUCCAUAUCCUCGAUACACAGAUGAUUGGUUCAACAGCCAUGGAACAAGGUGUGCCGGCGAGGUGGCUGCUGCACGCGAUAAUGGAAUCUGCGGAGUUGGGGUCGCCUAUGAUAGUAAAGUUGCUGGCAUUCGGAUGUUGGACCAACCAUAUAUGACUGAUCUGAUAGAAGCAAACUCAAUGGGUCAUGAACCGCACAAAAUUCACAUAUAUAGUGCCUCGUGGGGACCCACAGAUGAUGGAAAAACGGUCGACGGACCUCGCAACGCCACUAUGCGAGCCAUUGUUCAGGGAGUGAAUGAGGGCCGCAAUGGAUUGGGGAAUAUAUACGUGUGGGCGUCGGGUGAUGGUGGUGAAGAAGAUGAUUGUAACUGCGAUGGAUACGCCGCCUCCAUGUGGACAAUUUCAAUUAACAGUGCAAUUAACGAUGGACAAAAUGCACACUACGAUGAGAGCUGCAGUUCAACUUUGGCUAGUACUUUCAGUAAUGGAGCGAAGGAUCCUAACACGGGAGUGGCCACAACCGAUUUAUAUGGAAAAUGCACAACAACACAUUCGGGAACAAGCGCAGCUGCUCCUGAGGCAGCUGGCGUAUUUGCAUUGGCGUUAGAGGCGAACCCUCAAUUAACAUGGCGUGAUGUUCAACACCUGACAGUCUUAACUUCCAAAAGGAAUUCCCUCUUUGAUGCGAAGAAUCGAUUUCACUGGACUAUGAACGGAGUAGGAUUGGAGUUCAAUCACUUGUUUGGCUUUGGAGUACUGGACGCCGGGGCUAUGGUAACGCUUGCAAAGCAAUGGCGCACGGUUCCUGCCCGAUAUCAUUGCGAAGCAGGAUCUAUACUUGAACCACAUCAAAUUAUGUCCGGCCGAUCCUUGUUUCUUGAGAUUAAAACAAACGCAUGUAAGGGAACAGAUACUGAGGUCAACUACUUGGAGCAUGUGCAAGCGGUAAUCACAGCGAAUGCUAGCAGGCGCGGGGAUUUGGAGCUGUUUCUCACAUCACCAAUGGGAACGAGCAGAUCAAUGAUUCUAAGUCGCCGAGCGAACGACGAUGAUCAUAGAGACGGGUUCACAAAAUGGCCAUUCAUGACAACACACACAUGGGGAGAAUACCCACAUGGUACUUGGAAGUUAGAGGCUCGAUUCAAUUCGCAGCAACCGCGAACCGGAUGGUUAAAAGAAUGGUCGUUAGUCUUACACGGCACGAAGGAACCACCCUACCGAGCUCUGUCCCCAGCAUCACCUCACUCAAAGCUAGCCAUAGUGAAGAAAGCGCAUGAAGAUCGGAAAAUGAACAAGGAUUCAUAGGCUGUGUACUUCGGCAUAUUCAACUUAACGCUGUUUGUGUUCUUUUCAUUGCUACUUUUUGCUCUAUAUCAAUUUCUUUUUGUUUGUGUAAGCUGAAAUACAGAUAUGUGUAUAUCCGUUGGGUAAACUCAGAAACAGAGUCAAGAUCGAACAGAUAAAGUUGUUCAGAAAAUAUCAGUUUGUGCACACUUUAGGACUUCCGUUACCAUUGCAUCCUUCUAGAGUUUUGUUCAUGAAUAAACGCACACUUUCAGAGAAUAUUAAAACUUAAAGAAAAACACAAAAAGAAGUAAUUUGUAACCAAUGAGGAAAUUACACUAAUAGCAAGAAACAUGUAAACUUGUAAAGAAAUGAAGAAAAUAUAUUUUAGAUGAAGAUUUU